AUGAGUGAAAAAUCUAGUAACGAGAGUAGGGUGCUGGUGGUGGCCGUGAACGAAAGCGAUGAGAGCAUGUACGCUCUUUCUUGGAGCCUCAAAAACAUCAUUUUCCAGGAUUCCAAUGAUACCCUUAUCCUUCUAUACGUCAAGCAGCAAAAUCAUGCCAUGUAUUCCCCCUUGGAGUCAACAGCCAGAACGGAUGAUCAUGAAGCUCCAAAAAGCUUAAGCGCAACCAUCGCGAAGUAUUUUCAAGAGGUGGCCGAUCGUGUGUUAGAGAAAUCCAAGAAAAUUUGUGAAGAUCUCCAAAAUGUAAAGGUGGAGACAGAGGUAGGGAGUGGAGAACCGUGUAAAGUGAUCUGUGAGAUGUCUGCGAAGUUGAACGCUGACCUGCUAAUCAUGGGUAGCAGCGGCUCUGGAGUUCUAAAGAGGACUUUCCCUGGAAGUGUGACCAAUUACUGCUCCCAGAACGUGAAGUGCCCAAUUUUGAUUGUCAAGAAGCCAAUACCAUCUGCAGAAGCAUUUACACGGGCCAGGCCCGUUGGAGAGUGCAACAUGCUUGGUGCUGCUGCAGCGUACGCAUCUUCAUCGUCCUCGUAG